ACCUUCCGCCUAUAAAAUCCACUUCCGUUCUCCACUUUUUCCAAUCAUCUCACACUCCAAAUCGCCUUUUUCCUCAUCGCUUUUCUCCAGAUCUCUGCCUCUUCCUCCAAUGGCGAAAGCAGCCGCAGUCGCUCUCUCCUUUCUGCUUCUGUUCCUCUCAGGAGAUCUCUUGGCGGUAAAUGGAUAUCAGAAGACGUGGUGCGUUGCGAGGCCUUCGUCGGAUCACGCGACGCUGUUAGCGAAUAUCAAUUAUGCUUGUUCACAAGUGGAUUGCAGGAUUAUGCAGAAAGGAUGCCCCUGCUUUUAUCCUGAUAAUCUGAUUAACCAUGCCUCCAUCGCUAUGAAUCUGUAUUACAAUUCGAAAGGGAAGAAUCAGUGGAACUGUGAUUUCAGAGGAUCUGGUCUCAUCGUCAUCACUGAUCCAAGUUAUGGGAACUGCCUUUACCCUUGAAUUGAAGUUUGAAGCAUAGAAGUGUAGGAGAAUCACACAGCUCAAAAGUAAAUUUUAUUGUUAGUUUAUUGAUUAUAUAUACUUAGGUGGGAAGAGAUAGUUACUGAAUUAAUGCUAUUUAUCUUUGAUUCAAUUCAAUGCCAAAAUUAAAUUAAAUUAGGGUUUGAAUCUAAACUUCUA